GCAUGUAAAGAUAAAGUAGAUGCUAUAUGUUCCGUAUUUUCUUUUGAUGAUGCAACAGGAUUUAAUGAUGUUCCAUAUUUGAUGAAUACUAUGACAGCCAUAAAAGAGAAACCAGCAAAUAUAGUAAUAGGAACAAAAUUUAAACCAUGGUCGAGUUCUACAAUAGAAGAUGCACGGAUAAAAGAAUUUGAAGACAAAUGGAAAGUUAAAGUUAUUAGAAUUGAUAUUAAUAAACUUCCUAUAAGAUCUGAAGUGUUUGACUGUUCUUAUCAGCUAAAUACUAUAUGUAAUAUUCUUUGGAAUAGAGAUAAAGAAUUUAUAUCUAAGCAAAUGGGACAAAACUAACGAAUCUUUCUACAUAUUUUUACAGUAUUUUAAGAAAUCUUUGAUGAUAUUUAAUAAAGAAAUGAAAAAUAAAAUUUUUGUAGUGGGGGGAAUAGUUUUUGCAUCGGAAAUCAUUUGGUAUUUGUACAAAAAAGUUCAUAACCUAUGGAUUAAAUCUACAAACACUUGCAAAGAUUUGAAAACAAAUAUUCAUGAAUCGAAACAAGACAUUUCAGAGGUGAUGUUUUUUACAAAAGAAUCUAGUUUUUGUCGAACACACUUAACUAAUGAAAAGAUUUGUCUCAAAGACACUUGUUCUGUUCAAUAUUUGAGAAAAUUGGAAAAUUAUAUAAACCGAACAAAACAAAGUUUAGAUAUUUGUAUGUACAUGUUAACUUGUCAAUUGUUAUCAAAUGCAAUCGUGAACGCACAUAAACGGGGAGUACUUGUUCGAAUAAUAAUGGAUCGAAGUAUGGCUUGCAACGAGGCCGCGCAAACGGGUUUAUUUUAUAGAAAUGGGGUCACAAUUAGAUUAGAAUAUUACGUUGGUUUAAUGCAUCAUAAAUUCGCGAUCGUGGAUAAUGAUAUAUUAAUCACUGGUAGCACGAAUUGGACAAUGUCUGCUUUUUUUGGGAAUUUCGAUCACAUAAUAGUGACUAAUCAACAUUCGUUAGUGAAGCCAUUCAUCGAUGAAUUCGACAGGCUAUGGAAGACAUUUUCAAACUCGCAAGAAAAUAUAGAAUGUCCAGCGCAGUUUUCAAUAGAUAACAACUUGUAAUUUGGUAAGUAGUCGUUUCACUUUUAAAAAUCUUUUCUUCCUGAUAUUCAAUCCGUUAUCGUUCCGAGAGCGCUUCUUUGACGUCAAGAAAUGAAAAGGGAGAUCGUAAAACAUGAAGGCGUGUUAGCGGUAGGGGGCAUAUAAGUAUAAUGUAUAUAAGCACGUGGUACCAGUUAACUGGUGAAAUAGCACGAUGCAGAUUUGUUCGGUACUCUGAAGAAGCAAUCUACGCGAUAUAUCGAGUUCCGACACGAUGUGACGCGCGGUUGCUCGCUGUUCUCAUCGGCCGAUAAAAGUGGAACAUUGUCCGUACAUAUAAAUAGGUUAGCCUGUAUGAAAAUAGACGUCGGGCUGUUGGACCGGAGGAUCGAUGACGAGAUACUCGGCGACGAGCCGUCCGCUGCCUCAACUUUCUUUCUCUUCCUCUCCGUUUCCAAAUUCACGGUCUCAGUUAUCAUUAUCGCAAUGUUACGAUUCUACGUAUGCUUUAAUAUUUUAAAAUUACGUUCAUAUUAUUUAUUUACAUGUGUUAUCAUUUAUAUCUAGUAUGACGAAAAGAAUAUUUAUAUUUAUAUCAUAGAUUCGAGUAUAUUUUCCUUUCGCGAUUUUUUUUCGUUCUAUAUUAUUAUACCUGUACAUAUAGACGUACGCAUGUUUUCGCACGAGGUAGAUAUGUUCGCGUGUUGUAGAAGUACGUAACUUGGGAAAGCAAACGAUUCAGAAUAAACGCGCGAUGCGCGGAAAUAGUAGCGCGCAAACCCAAAAUACCCAUCGUAUAUACGGAUUAAAGAAGCGAAUACACGUUGGUAGAAGUUUGACGUUUCUUAAUCUACCUCUUCUUAUAUCAAUAAUAGAUACGUAAUAAUAUUUACGAAAAAUUUUCUAGUAAAAUUAUCUUUUCGUUUAUGUCGAUAACGAACAGUUUUCGAACUAUUGCCGUCAACGAUUCCGCGAAUCUUUCGCUCUUCUCUAAAAUCGCAUAAUAAAUUUUCCGAUUUCACUUUAACUUCUACAGCACGAUUACGAAUGUUCGACGAAUUCCAUCCACGUUAAAUGCACAUUUUUAAAUUCGAUGCUCGUAAAAAAAAGAAUGUUUGUAAUUAUUUUUGUUCGAGAAAGAGAAUACGUGAUUUCACUCGUUUUUUAAGAACUGGACGAUUAGAUAUAUAGAAAAUAAGUCGACAACAGUCGGCAACACUAGAAAAAUAGGUGUCUCGUGGGUCAAGGAUGUGUCAAAUCGGACAAGUAGCACGUUCGCGAUGGCCGCGGAUUCGGGAAAAGGAAAAGAAAAAAGGUCAAAGGUCAAGUAUUCCUCGAUGGUCCUUUUAAUUGCUCUCUUUUCCAUUUGAGAUUGAAGGACAAGAAGAA